GGUCGCAAAUCUUUUUGAUUGACAAGCAAUUAUGAUGCAACAGGAAGAAGCGGCGCCAUCGCUCCUGGGAACAUGGGAAAGCAAUGAGGCGUUUGGUAAUACUGCUCUGGAUUGGGCUCAGGCGGUGAAGGACCAGCGCGUUCAGCUCCAACUCACGUUCGAGCCUGGGAAGAUCUACAGGUUCCGUUUGGUGUCGAAAGAUGAUUCGACGGAUGUGACGUCGAAUUUCCGUCAUGUUGUGGCGAGCGAGGGCAGCUACGAGCUGCAGGGUGACGACGGUAUUGCCAUUCAUGGAGAUACUUCGGGCAUCAAGUGGACGUAUUUAUUUGAGGAGGAGGACAGUCUAAGAAUCAGACUGGAAGGUGCGAAGCGUUUCGGCAGAUGUAAGGGUGUGGACGUCAUCUAUUUUGCCAGAGCGGAAACAGCGCAGCAACUUAAGGAUCUGUAGAUACAGCAUGAUUCUAGAUGGUAGCACGGUUUUAAGAUUUCUACAUGUCCAAGACGUCAUCUAGCCACUCUUCCAGUUGUUCCGUUUCUGCUGGAGUUCUGGUUGUGUUUGGUGCUGGAUCUACUGG